GCACAAAGCAGAGUCGCUGUCUUACCAGCUCUCUCUCACACACACUCCGACUCUCGACACACACCUCCUCAGCGAAGCCCGGGAAGCUGGAGCAAAACUAAAGAGAGGAAGGAAGGAGGAGAGAGACGGGGAAGAGAAGUAGUAGUAAAAGAGGAGGAAGAGAAAAACACCGCUGCAGAUUCUGAGGGAAACAGACAUCAGUCAGGCUGUCCCACCGAGGAGCUUCCUCCUGAGGCCCCCUGCUGACUGAUAACAAGCACAGCUUCGUACUAAUCUGGGAGCUUCAUGAGUGUGUACACAUAACCUCCACUCCACCGCUGUGAGUGUGUGUCUGUGGCACCAUGCUGUGGACGGUGCUACUAGCCCUGCUGGUGCUUGUGCUGCUGCAGACUCAGCUGUCUCUGUGCUUAAGGGAAUUACGCACUGGGGUUUCCGGCUCCCUUGCCUCCUCUUCUUCAUCAUCCUCUUCCCCCUCCUCUUACAAUGCCACCCAGCAGCGGCUGCCCGGGGCUAUUAUCAUUGGUGUGAGGAAAGGAGGCACCAGGGCCCUGCUGGAGAUGCUCAACCUGCAUCCAGACGUGGAGGUUGCUAAGGCUGAGGUGCACUAUUUCAAUGUGGAGGAGCACUACCGCCGAGGUCUAGCCUGGUACCGAGCCCAAAUGCCUUUCAGCCUCCCUGGUCAGCUGACAGUGGAGAAGACCCCCGGUUACUUUGCAGCCCCUCAGGUUCCUGCACGCGUCUGGGACAUGAACCCCGCCAUCCGCCUGUUACUCAUUGUCCGGGACCCGGCUGACAGGCUGGUAUCUGACUACACCCAGGUCCUGCACAACCGCCUGACCCGCCACAAAUCUUACCAGCCGCUAGAGGAAAUCCUGCUCCACAAGGGCCACAUCAACCCUGGAUACAAGGCGCUGCAGAGGAGCCUGUACCACCAGCACCUGGCCCACUGGCUGGAAGUCUUCCCCAGGGAGCAGAUCCAUGUGGUGGAUGGCGACGCGCUCAUUCGAGAUCCCUUCCCUGAGCUGAGAAAAGCAGAGAGGUUUCUGGACCUGCCGCCCAGAAUCAGCCCCAACAACUUCUGCUACAAUACCACCAAAGGCUUCUACUGCCUCCUGUCUGCUGGACAAGACAAGUGCCUGGACGAGUCCAAAGGAAGGCCGCAUGCGCCGCUCAGCACCCAGGCCUUUAAGAAGCUUUGUCAGUACUUUCAGAAGCCCAACAAGUUGUUCUUUGAAAUGGUGGGGAGGUCAUUUUCUUGGUGCUGAUCCACUGGUGAACAGUAACUGGAGAUAAAACACCUCCUGAACAAUGCUGACACAUGCAGGGACUCAGGGGGACAGAGAAAUCUGUUGGUAGUGUGUUUUUGUAGAUAGAUAAAUUAUAGACUUUAGCUCAUUUAAAGUCAUAAACAUCCCUUGUUGUCAAUACCUGCUCAGGUAUAAAUGUGGCCAAGAAGUGCAGAAAUCAUUUGUGACAAUAUUUGGAGAAUUCAGAACUCACUGUUGAACAUGUGGCCUACACAAACCUUUGCCACAACUAUGCAGGGCCUCCUGAUGGACAAACUCGCUUUUGACAAAGCUACGACAACAGUGCCAUUCAGAAGUGUGGAAACAGAACUAACCUCUUGUUAGUGCUUGUUUGUGAGGUGUCAAAAGAAGAUGUGCAGAUACUGAAGUGAUGUAGAAAUAGAAGAGUGGUGAAAAGAUGGUUGAACUGAUUAAAUGUUGCACUAUGAACUCUAAUCGCAUUGAAAGUCAAUCAAGGUUCAACGUAGACAAUUUCAAUCAGAAACCAUCUCAUUGCUCUGAUUUUUCUCAGCAGUGCCAUGGUUGUGUUAGUCAGAAUGUUUUCGUUGAGUCAUCCUGUUUACGUCAUUCUUUUAUUCUUUUAUUUUUCCAGGCUGACUUUUAGAUGUUCUGUGAAAAUAUCUUUGUUUGUGUUUUAGCUCUUUUGAAAGUAGCUGCAUUGAAAACUUGUUUAUUCAUUACUUUUUAUUUUGAAGACCAAUGAACUAUUGUUAAUUUGUGUCUUUUUAUUACGUCCUUCUAAUAAACAUGUUCAGUCCUACAGUCUCCUGCCUGAAACCAGCUCAGGUUUAAAGGGUUUAAAAACAAUAAGGAUUGUA